AUGUCGAUUUUCAAUUUAACGACAUGCAGAACAAUACAGUUUCUAUCUACAUUCAAGAAAUUUGAAAAUGUAUUAUUGUCAGCUGUUACAAUAAAAACACAAAGUCAAUGUUACGGUCCUAAUGGACAAUCUGGUCAAAUACCUAAAAGUGGUCCAUGGAAUGUAUUAUUUUUUGGCACAAACGAAUUUGGAGCAGAAAGCUUAAAAGCUUUAUAUAAUAAAUAUGAGACUCAAGUUGUGCAACGAUUGGAGGUAGUUACUCUGAAUACAGGCAGAGAGGAUGCAGUUAUAAAAUAUGCAAAGGAGAAAGGAAUUGUUAUAAAUAAUUGGCCUCUUGAAACGAAUAUGUCCAACUUUCAUAUUGGUAUAGUUGUUUCAUUUGGUCGUUUAAUUCCAACUAAGAUUAUAAAAUUAUUCCCACUUGGUAUGUUAAAUGUCCAUGGUAGUUUAUUACCAAAAUGGAGAGGAGCAGCACCAAUAAUUUAUUCAUUAAUAAAUGGAGAUCAUCAAACAGGAAUAACAAUAAUGAAGAUAAAGCCAAAGAAAUUUGACACAGGAGAAAUAGUCCUACAAAAACAAAUUAAUAUAAGCGAGCAUGAAACAUUACCUGAGUUGUAUACUAAAUUGGCAAAACUUGGAGCAGAUGCAUUAACAGAAAUAUUUGAGGAUCUAUCACAAGCGUUGCAAUUUACAAAGCCUCAAAAUGAAGUAGACGCAACAUAUGCGCCAAAAAUAACAUCGAGCAUAGCUUUAGUUAAAUGGGAUGAAAUGUCUGCAAAAAUUGUUUAUAACUUACAUCGUGCUCUGUUAGGAUUAUAUCCAUUAAGUACAAAAUUUCAGGAUAAAACAGUAAAAUUACAUGAUAUUACGAUAGCUGAAGAAUCGAUUACAAGGAAACUUGACGGAGAAAUGCCAGGAACAGUAAUAUAUGAUAGAAUAAGUGAUGCAUUAAUUAUAAAGUGUGCAGGAAACAGUUGUAUUUCUGUAAAGAAACUAAUUAUUCAAGGUAAAUCUGUUAUGAAGGCACGAGAUUUUAAUAAUGGUUUCAUAGCUGGAAAGAAAGAAUCGAAAAUAUUUUUUUCGUAG